UAGCGCAACUGGGACAUGAUACCAGUCUGUCUGUCAGCUCUGAACGACAACACACGUGCAAAUGUGACUGGACUUGUAAUUUUUGUGUAGUUUAUUAUUAUCAUUGUCAAUAAUAUUCGCCAAGAUGUCAGAGGGCGGCUUUCAGGUUAUAACACAGAGUGUUGUUAACGUCAGAGUGACAAGCAACGUAAAUACUUUUGGAAGUGAAAGACGUUUCCAGAAAGAUCUGACAAUCGCAGACUUGAAGAACAAGAUUGAGCUGUUGACAGGGGCGUCAUCUGGAACCAUGAAGCUGUCACUAAAUGACAAGGACAACAAGAGGGUAUGCCAGCUUGACAAUGAUGCUGCACUCCUUGGCUCCUACCCUAUAGAAGAUAACAUGAUUGUACAUGUAGAAGAUAACUCUCUAAUAAUUGGAGAAUAUGAAGAUGUUUCAAGAGUGGAAAAGUAUGAAAUGGCUGAGGAAGACUAUUCAAAGCGAACAGACAGUGUCAGGUCAUUUAAAGAAAGAAAUAAGCUUGGACGUUUUGAUCCAGAAGAACAAGCUCGUAGACAAAAAGAUGCACAGCAGAAAGAGGAAGAAGAGAAGAAAAGACUUGAAGGAAUGAAGAUAGGUGAUCGUUGUGAAGUCCAGAUCACUGGUCAGCCCAAACGAAGAGGAACAGUCAUGUAUUUUGGUGACACUGAGUUCAAGCCAGGCCUGUGGGUGGGAGUGAAGUAUGACGAACCACAUGGCAAAAACGAUGGCAGUGUUAAUGGCAAGCAGUAUUUUACUUGUCAAGCCAAGUAUGGAGGAUUUGUGAAACCCCUGAAUGUGGAAGUAGGGGACUUCCCAGAAGAAGACUUUGGCUUAAGUGAUGAGGAAAUGUGAAGAGACAGCAGACACAUUCAGCACGCUCGAUCCAGUGGUCAUUCCAGGAACUUAUAAAUGUAACCUUCAGAGCUGAGCUGCUGUCAGGUGGAUGAUUGGUCUUGGUUAGAAAAUGGCAAUAAAAGUGAAAUUGAGAAAGAUUCUUUCAAUCUGAGAUGAGCAAACCUAAAGAUGGAAAGGACAUUGUUCUCUCAAAACAGUGUCCCAAGUCCUGACGUAAGCCUCUCCUGCAUUGUUGAACAGUAACUAUAAUGUAUGUGCAUGUGGUCAGUCCUGGGUGCUGUUGUACAAAACACCCUUAGCACUACGAUUGUCGUAAGUCUAUGUUAAGGUAUGGGAGUUAUGAUCACCUUAACGCUGAGAUCGCUUUGUACAAUGGCACCCAUAUGUGUCGCACAGAAGCAAGCCACCAGGAAAGGAGAUCACUGCGCUGCUUCCCACGAACGUCCUGUCGAAUGGUGAUCACAUCAUGUUGUAAGAAAUACAUUUACGUGCAGCAGCUAUUUCUUCUUCUGCUUGUUUGUGAGUGAAGAUCUAACAGUUGCUCUUCAUCCGCUUCAUGACAACACGAUAUCUGAUAUUCAAGCUGUGCUGACUACUGGGUCACAGAACUGAGUGUGAAGCAUUGUUGUUGAUUUAUUUCAUGUCCUUUGUUUUGGAGGCCAUAAUGCCAGACUGUGGAACAAUGUGUACUGUCAUACUGCUUUUCUUGUAUUGCCUACCUGCCGUAUCUCUUCUGUUUGCUUACAGACACUCAUAGUAAUACAUUCACACUGUGCAGUGUUGUAUACAGGUUCAAGUCUCAUUGACAUUCCUUUCAAUGUUCUAAGUUCAUAUUGAAGUGAAGGGAUCCUUUUCCUCAUGUUCAUUACCCCUAUACUGUUGCCUAGAUUCUAAUCUAAAGGAUGACCCUUAAUCUCUACUGCUGCCUGCAUUAUGGGUUCUCAUCAAUGUGGUGGUUCCGGAGGUUUCAAAAUAUUACAAUAAAGAUUGUAUAGAUGUUUUCUCCUAAAUAUUUACAUCUUGUGAAUAUAUGUCUGUCCAAUGAUUCGAACAAUUUCACUAACCUAAAAAAAUACCAUGCUAUUGUUACAUGUCCUGUCAUGUAUUCUUGUAAUUCUUUUGUUUUAUAAAUUUUGUUACUGUGGAUAUAUUCUAUGACUGUUGUUGCCAUGUGCUUUUAAUAAAUGAUACAUUUAUGAGAACAA